CGCACGCAGAUGUGGAACCUAAAAUUAUCAUUCUAGAAAGAUAUAAAGAUUAAAUAAUAUAAAAUUAAGCGCGUGGAACACAAUCUAGUCCUAUGAAUGCAUAAAUAUCAGCCCCUCCUCUCUCCCGUACCAAUUUAGAUGUUGACGGUGACUUUUUUUACUUUAAAAAAUAAUAAUAAAAUUUCUCUCUCUUUCUCACUCCAGUCUUCUCAGCUCAUGUCUUGACGCGACAAAGCUUUCAAACACUCCCCAAAAAAGCUCACUCAGGAAUACGCGGCUUUCUCUCCCUCUCACACACUCUCUCUCUCUAUCUCUAUCUCUACUUUCUUUUUCUGCUCUAAACCCUAGCUUUCUCAUCAUCGACCUCGAUCGACCAUCCACGCUUCGCAUGGACGAAGACAAGGGCAAGGUCGAUCGGGGAGUCGAUGAUUUCGCCACCGAUUCUAGCUGGGCACUGGGAGGCGGGGGGGAUUCUGUCGGCGUUUACUUCUUCGGCGGCGGAGGCGUUGAGAAGGACGAGAGCAACAUACUCGGCGACUUCGGCUGGAGUUUCCAGGAGGAGGAGGAGCAUGGCGGAGGCGGAGGCGGCGGCGGCUUCAGUAGUAGGAUCGACUCCGAUUUGGCGGGAAAUAGUAGUAAUGACCGGUUUUCCGUCCUGGAGAGUGCUACCACCGCGGCUGCCACGCCGAGUGAUGCUACGGAACCGGUUGCGGUUCAGGCGGAGCAGACGUGUUCCAGCUCCUCCGAUGAUGCGCCGGAGAAGUCUACCGCAUCCGGUGGCUCCACCUCGCGGCAGCCUGCUGAUACAGCGUGAGUGUGUGUUCUCGCAUCAACUAAGCAAGGUUAAAAAGAAGGCCCAGAAGCGAAUCAGACAACCUCGGUUUGCAUUCAUGACUAAAAGUGAAGUUGAUCACCUGGAAGACGGUUAUAGGUGGAGGAAGUAUGGACAGAAAGCUGUUAAAAACAGCCCCUUUCCCAGAAGUUACUACCGGUGUACUAAUACUAAAUGCACAGUGAAGAAAAGAGUUGAGCGAUCCUCUGAAGACCCGACAAUUGUGAUCACAACAUAUGAGGGGCAACACUGUCACCAUACUGUUGGUUUCCCUAGAGGUGGAUUUCUUGGUGAGGCUGCAUAUAUGAGCCACUCCUACCCAUUAACCUCACAAUUCUAUCUUCCAGCCCUCCAGUUUCCCCAAGAAGGGUCUCUGGGUAUUCCUCAGACGCAUCAGAGCCAGCAGGGUAAUAAUAGAGACCCCAAUGCAGCAAUGGCAGCCCCACAACUUCCACCAGAUGAGGGAUUGCUUGGGGAUAUUGUGCCCCCUGGGAUACGAAACAAGUAAAGCAAUGCAGAUCAGAGAGUUCAAUGAAUGUGCGUAGAUGAUGAAGAUCGAAGCUAGGUUAUUGUACUUAUUUCCAGUAUAAACUAAUGCUAAGAACGAAUUGAAGCAGCACCCAUGAAGGCAGGCAUAUACGGUAUAUAUAGCAGCAUAUAUAUAUAUAUAGCUAGCAUAUGUCCAUUUCUAAUUCGAUUGAACCCCAACCCAGGGUCGACGGAUUUAACUUGGUGGUAAAGUUAAAUCUGAAAAUUGGGUAUUGGCCCCUAGCUAUUACCAAGCCCAAUCUACCAUAACUGAAGAAGAGGAUUGUGCAGAUCAGAUAUAGCUUCCAGGUUCUAGCAUGGAUGCCAUAAUAUAUUAUUAUAAAAAGGUGGUUUUGAUUAAUGCCAAUCAAUGGUUCAUGUAUAUAGAAAUCAUAUAUAAUGUACUUACUUAGCUCUUUAACCAUGAGCAUUUGUUAAUUAUAUUACUCCUGGAUUUGGUUCCUAA